GGGGGGGGAAGGGGGGGCGUGGAGAAUUCGCAUUUGUGACAACUGCAAUGAAAUAAUCGGCGACGCUCGGCGCGUACAACCUCCGAACGACGUUUACAAGGGCGCGCUGAUUACAAGGGCAGGAGUGAAUGAAUAAAUAAAUAAAGCGCGGCUGGUUGGUGAUGGGCGGCGAGUGAGCGAGUGGGGUAGGUGCGGUGCUAACGUGCCGGCACGACACUUUGUGACGGUUUCUUUCCUUUGUACGCUUCAAAGUUGGAAAGAGACACGCACACACACACAAGGUCUCAAGUCCUACCUACAACGGCAUCACCAUCACCCCCUCCACCACCACCACCAUAAGAUUCAUCGCAACGAUCAACAACCGCAAAGCCACAUCACAAACUACACACCAGCAUUAGUCCGGUGUUGCAAAACGAGGACGUUCAGACAGCUGCUGCUGCAGCUGAGAGGUGUGAGGCUGCCGUGGUGCGUGUGGGAGGAGGCAAGCGAGAGAAGGGGAGCAGCAUCAUCAGCAGCUUCAACCAGCCCUGCCCCUCCUCCCCUGCCCGGCCCCUUCACCGCCACUGCUGCCGUCAACCAUGCGCUGGAUGCUCUGGCUGAUGGGGCUCUGCGCUAACUCCCUGCCCAGUUCGUGUCUCCUCGCACGCACGAAAACUCCUCUCCAUCCCCGCCAAGAGAAGUUCCUGGAGCAGCUGAGCAGCUACGAGAUCGUGACCCCGACGCGCCUCAACGAGUUUGGGGAACCCUUUCCGGCGGACGCCCACUUCAGAUGGCGGCAACGAAGCCCGCGUAGCGCCCUCCCGUUCCCGGCGCGGACCCACUACCGCCUCGUGGCGUUCGGGCAAGACUUCCGGCUGCAGCUCACGGCCGACGCGUCGUUCGUGGGACCCAGCUUUCACGUCACGCACCUGGGCUGGCCAGACUCUGGGAACGGCACUGGGGGAGCUGCGCCGACGCCGGCGGACGGCGGCGGUGGCGGCGGUGGUGGCGGUGGGGACUUUGCGUUCGAGGAGGAGGAGGAUGUGAGGAGCUGCUUCUACACAGGGCACGUGAACGCUCAGCCCGAGUUCACGGCCGUCCUCAGCCUUUGCACUGGACUCCUCGGGACGUUCCGCACGGGGGACGCGGAGUACUUUGUGGAGCCGCUGCUGCUGGCGGAGGAGGCGGAGGCGGCGCUGCCGGCGGGAGGCGAGGACGAGCGCAGCAAGCCGCACGUCGUGUACCGCCGCGACGCGCUGGCCGCCGCCUCCACCGCCGCCACCACUGCCACUGCCACGGAGGCCGCGAGCCACCAGGUGUGUGGCGUCCCGGGCCACAGCAGGCAGGCCACCGUGGAACAGAAGAUGACCCUGAAGGUCACGGGCACGGGGCUCGGCUCUGCGGCGACCGCCAUCGUCUCCGCGAGAGCGACGAACGUUUCGGCAGGCGGCCGCAGGGAGCCCUCGCCGUGGGCCUCGGAGGCCGCCGAGGAAAAGAAGCAGCAGCAGCGGCAGCAGGCGACGCGCGGGCCCGGCGGGCGAAGGCAACCGGGCAAGCGGGCGUCGUCGUCGCCGCCGCCGCCGCCGCGAUCGGGCCGCGCGAGGAGGAGGAGGAAGAGGUUCCUGUCGUACCCACGCCACGUCGAGGUGAUGGUGGCGGCCGACGCCCGCAUGGUGCAGCACCACGGCCACAACCUGCAGCACUACGUGCUCACCCUCGUGUCCAUCGUUGCCUCGAUAUACAAGCAUCCCAGUGUGGGGAACCAAAUCAACAUUGUUCUUGUGAAACUCAUGAUCAUUCACAAUGAAAGGGAAGGCCCCUUGGUGACCUUCAACGCGGCGUCCACGCUGAGCAACUUCUGUGUCUGGCAGCAGAAGCAGAACACGCAGGACGAGAGCCACCCAUCGCAUCACGACACGGCUGUGCUCAUCACUCGUGAGAAUAUUUGCAGAGCGAGGAACAAAUGUGACACCUUGGGUCUGGCCGAGCUGGGCACGAUGUGCGACCCGUACCGCAGCUGCUCCAUCAGCGAGGACAACGGACUGAGCACCGCCUUCACCGUGGCGCACGAGAUUGGCCACGUGUUUAACAUGCCCCACGAUGACAACAACAAGUGCCGGGAGGCGGGCGUGAAGGGCCAGUUCCACGUGAUGGCGCCGACCCUCAACUACAACACGAACCCGUGGACGUGGUCUCGGUGCAGCCGCAAGUACAUCACCGAGUUCCUUGACACGGGCUAUGGGGAGUGCCUCCUGGACGAGCCCGUGUCUCAGCCGUACGAGCUGCCCAAGCAGAUGCCCGGCCACCUCUUCAACGCCAACAAACAGUGCGAGCUCAUGUUUGGCCCGGGCUCCCAGGUCUGCCCCUAUAUGAAGCAGUGCAAGCGUCUGUGGUGCACGAGCGCCGAGGGCAUCCACAAGGGCUGCCGCACGCAGCACAUGCCGCUGGCCGACGGCACGGAGUGCGGCUUCUUUAUGCACUGCGUGCAGGGCAUGUGCGUUGCGCGGGAGGCGCCGGCGCGUGUCGUGGACGGCAGCUGGGGCUCCUGGGGGCCCUUCACGCCCUGCUCGCGAUCCUGCGGUGGCGGCGUCCGCUCCUCGGAACGCGACUGCGGCAAGCCGGAGCCUCGCAACGGGGGCAACUACUGCGUGGGGCGGAGGAUGCGCUUCCGCUCGUGCAGCACCGAGCCGUGCCCCAAAGGCCGCCGUGACUUCCGCGACGAUCAGUGCUCCGAGUUCGACGGGCGCCACUUCAACAUCAACGGCCUCUCCCCCACCGUGCGCUGGGUGUCCAAGUACAGUGGGAUUCUGCUGAAGGACCGCUGCAAGCUGUUUUGCCGCGUGACGGGCACCACCGCGUACUACCAGCUGAGAGACCGCGUGAUGGACGGGACGCCCUGUGGACCAGACACCAACGACAUCUGUGUGCAGGGCCUGUGCAGGAAAGCUGGCUGUGACCACGUGCUCAACUCCAAGGCGAGGAAAGACAAGUGUGGUGUGUGCGGAGGGGACAACUCAUCCUGCCACACGGUGUCGGGCACCUUCAACAGCGUCCAGUACGGGUACAACGAGGUGGUGAGGAUACCCGCAGGCAGCAUGAACAUUGAAGUGCGACAGCACAGCUACUCGGGAAAAGCCGACGACGACAAUUACCUGGCUGUGCGGAGUGGGCAGGGAGGCUACCUGCUCAAUGGCAACUUCGUGGUCAGCGUGUUCAAGCGUGAGGUGAGGGUGCGCGGCGCCACCAUCGACUACACCGGCUCCGACACCGCAGUGGAGCGCCUCAACUGCUCCCAGCGCAUCGACGAGGAGGUCGCGAUCAUGGUGCUGUCCGUGGGCAACCUGCACAGCCCCGACAUCCGCUACAGCUUCAGCAUCCCGACAGAGGAGAAGGCCCAGCGCUACGCCUGGGACACGAACGGGGCCUGGCAGGAGUGCAGCCGCACCUGCCGGGGGGAGCAGCACGGGAAGGUGGUGUGCUUGCGGGAGAGCGAUCGCCUCGUGGUCUCGGAGCAGCGCUGCCAUCACCUGCGGCGUCCGGAGCCACUCAGCCAGAGCUGCAACACCGAGUGUGAGCUCCGCUGGCACGUGGCAGGCCGCAGCGAGUGCUCGGCCCAGUGCGGGCCGGGCCAGCGCUCGCUGGAGGUGCGCUGCGUGCGCUACGGCCCCGCCAAGGCCCGCUCCGACGUGGUGGACGACCGGCACUGCGCCGAGCUGCCCAAGCCAGCCGCGCGCGAGCCCUGCCACGGGGACUGCCACCUCACCAGCUGGCAGUACACGUCCUGGUCGCAGUGUUCCCAGAGCUGCGCGGGGGGCGCUCGCACGCGCAGCGCUGCGUGCGUCAACAACCUCGGGCGGCGCGUCUCCAACCAGGAGUGCGACGCCAACCAGAGGGUCACGUCCCAGAGCUGCAACGAGCGCCCUUGUCCCCAGUGGGUGGCCAGCGAGUGGACGGAGUGCACGGCGACGUGCGGCAAGGGCGUGCGGCACCGGCGCGUGCACUGCCUGCUGGGCGAGGAGACGCUGGAGGAGACGUUCUGCGACGCCGGCGGCCGCCCCGAGGCCAUGGGCACGUGCGAGCUGCCCGAGUGCGCCUCGUGGCAGGCGGGGCCCUGGGGUCCGUGCUCAGUGACGUGUGGCCGUGGAUACCAGAUGCGUGCCAUGCGCUGCUUCUCGGGGUUCUACAGCACCAUCCUGGACGACCGCGAGUGCAACGCCGCCACGCGGCCCACCGAGGCGCAGGACUGCGAGCAGACGACUUGCUCUGCAGCGCUGCCGGACCUCACUCCCAGCCCGCUGUCCUACUUGCAGCGGCAGCAGUCUCCCACGCAGUGGCGAUACGGCUCCUGGACUCCGUGCUCUGCGUCCUGUGGCAAGGGCGUGAGGCAGCGCUACGUGAGCUGCCGCGACGUGCACGGAGGCAUCGCGGACCCGUCCGCCUGCCUGCACCUCACCCGGCCGCCCGAGACGGAGCCCUGUGUCACCACCACAUGCGGCCAGUGGAGGGCGGGCGACUGGACCGCGUGCCCCGUGCCGUGCGGGCUGGGCCGCGUCACACGCCAAGUGCUGUGCAUCAGCCACGCUCUGCAGCUGCUCGACGAGUCGGAGUGCGACGACGGCGAGCGCCCGCCCACGGAGCGGGAGUGCUCGGGCCCGCCGUGCCCCGUGGCGCGGCACGGCUACCCGGCUCCCGGCACGGAGGCCCGGCCGCCGGGCCCGCUGGAGCCGCGGCCCUUCCCGGGCUACGGCCCGCAGAGGGACUACUCUCUCGUUAAGGGCGCGAUGCCCUCCUCCUCGCGUGGGGGGGGACGGCAGUGGAGGACGGGUCCCUGGGGCGCGUGCUCCAGCACGUGCGCAGGUGGGAUCCACAGGCGGGUGGUGGUGUGCCAGGACGAGAACGGCUACGCCGACUACCACUGCGAGGAACGGCACCGGCCCUCCGAGACGCAGGCGUGCGACGCGGGGCCCUGCCCCGAGUGGAACUACGGAUCCUGGGGCGAGUGCACGAAGACCUGCGGCGGAGGGACGCGCUCGCGGGCCGUGCUGUGCCAGCUCCCGAGCGGGCAGCCCCUGGCCGAGCAGAGCUGCGAGGUGCUGGAGCGGCCGAUGGAGCGGCAGCAAUGCGGCGCGCAGCCGUGCCCUCCCGGGCGUGCCCAGGACCACUGGCACCGCGCAGCCUGGACUCCUUCGUAGACGCUCCCCCCACCCCGUUUCACUCCCCCCCCCCCC